AAAGGAGAGGAAAGUGAGGAGGAGGAGGAAGAGGAAGAGGAAAGGGCAUAGGAGGACUUUGUUUAGUAACGACCAGAGUGAGAGAACUGACGGACUUCGUGAAUAUCUCUGCCUGUUCAACUAUCGCUUUGGACAACAUCAACCAUCUAUCAAUCUAUCUAUACAUACAUCCAUCCAUCCAUCCGUCCGUCCAUCUAUCUAUCUAUCUAUCUAUCCAUCCAUCCAUCCAUCCGUCCAUCUAUCUAUCUAUCUAUCUAUCUACCUACCUAUCUAUCUAUCUAUCUAUCUAUCUAUCUAUCUAUCUAUCUAUCUAUCUAUCUAUCUACCUAUCUAUCUAUCUAUCUAUCUAUCUAUCUACCUACCUAUCUAUCUAUCUAUCUAUCUAUCUAUCUAUCUAUCUAUCUAUCUAUCUAUCUCUCUGUCUAUCUAUUUAUCCAUCCAUCCAUCUAUCUAUAUAACUGUCUGUCUAUCAAUCUAUCUGCAUAUCUGUCUAUCCUUCUCUGUGCCAUGGUGUCUGCUGUCUCCAACUCAAAGAGAAUGCUGACGGUAGUUUUUAUGCGGUUAACCAGAUAGAAACGAUAUAGAGCGGGCUGUCAAGUUUGCUCCAUUACAAUUCUAGACGUCAUUUCCUUGCAUUUUAUACGGCACUCGACUCUCCCCGACCAACCAUGGGCAAAUGUGGUUCCAAGAACAACGACAGUAAUAAGUCGUAUCUGUUACAGUCUUUGAACCAGCAUACAGCUGGAAUUAACUGCAUGGCACUGAGUGAAGACGGUUCGGUGCUGGCAACGGGCAGCGACGAUAAAACCGCGCGACUAUGGAGCACGAAAACACGCAAGUGUGAAUGUAUGGGAACGUUGGUCGGUCACACGGAUUAUAUCAAUUGCAUUCUCAUUGAGGAAGCUGAUGUCCUGACAGGCAGCGCUGACAAAACAAUUCGUAAAUGGGAUAUUUCCACUUGUCAAUGUCUUUUAGUCAUGGAAGGUCAUAAAUCGUUAAUAUAUCGUAUUAUAUGUACGGGCGACUUUGUCAUAUCCAGUUCGUACGACCGCACAGCUAAAUGCUGGGAUUUCAAUGAAGGCAUAAGUUUGAUGACAUUCGAAGGCCAUAAGCGAGGAGUGUUUUCUUUAAUUUUCAUCCCUUCUGAUGAGGAGGAAUACGAAGACGCAGAAGAUGACGAAGCUAUGGAUAUUCUAGUGACAGGUUCGGCGGAUGGGGAUGCUAAAGCCUGGAACUUUGAGAGUGGCGAAUGUCUCCAUACAUUCAAAGGUCACACAAACGCCAUCACAUGUAUGGCUAUGGAUUCUGUUGGAGAGACAUUAUUUACGGGCAGUUUGGACCAUACAGUACGGAGCUGGAAUGUGAUGACCGGAGAGAGCUACAAGGUAUUCCAAGGGCACCAAGCAUCAGUGAUAUCUCUUCAGAUUUGCAACAAGAUUUUAUAUACAGGCAGUUCAGACCACACAUCACGCUCUUGGGUAUCGGAAUUUGCCGAAUGUACCCGAGUUUAUCGCGGGCAUAGACACACUGUGAUCUGCAUGAGGUUUCAUGAAGGGUUACUUUUUACAGGUUGUGGUGACACAUUCUGCCGUGCGUUCGAUGCCAAGUCAGGAGCUCUGAAGAGAACAUUCCGAGGCCACGAGACAGCAGUCCGUACCAUGCAGUUGAUAACAAGCUAUUCACGGGAUCUUUUGACGGCACACUUAAUAUAUGGAACAUCAAGGGUGUGGCCGACGAGAUCAACUACAACACCAUCAUGGAGGAAGACGACAACAACGAGAAGACCCAGAUGCAGAUGGAAGAGAUUGAAAAAAUUGGCGGAUUAUAAAACGUUCUGUAAACCAAUAAUAUCGACUGUGUACGACGACGACUUCAUAUACAACCUUUACGGACUGUAACUAAUGAUGUAUGAUGAUGUAUGACGGUGAAUAACGACUAAUGGACCAUUACAGAAGCAUUAACAUGAUUGGAGUAGACUGAACAAUAAUACUCUGAUUGUUUUAUUUUUAUAUAUUGUUAUUAUUAGCACUGUUGAGACGUCGAAGACUUGGUUUUUGAAUUAACUUACAACACAUUCCUGAUAAGAAAAUUAAAAAAACGCACAUAAAUUCACCCUGAGCCUUUAUUUUAUUAUAAACAAGGAAAAGGAACGAUGUUUAUUUCGAUAGUAUGAAGGAGAACUGUAGGUGAGAUCUGUCGAAAGUUUCCAGCAAAUAGCCAUAAGGUUUUGCUAUUAUAGGCGGCGAGCUGGGAGAAUCGUUAGCAUGCCGGGCGAAAUGCUUAGCGGUAUUUCGUCUGUCUUUACGUUCUGAGUUCAAAUGCCACCGAGGUCGACUUUGCCUUUCAUCCUUUCGGGGUCGAUAAAUUAAGUACCAGUUACGCACUGGGGUCGAUGUAUUCGACUUAACCCGUUCGUCUGUUCUUGUUUGUUCCCUCUAUGUUUAGCCCCUUGUGGGCAAUAACGAAAUAGGUAUUUCGUCUGUCUUUACGUUCUGAGUUCAAAUGCCACCGAGGUCGACUUUGCUUUUCAGUCUUUCGGGAUUGAUAAAUUAAGUACCAGUUGCAUACUGAGGUCGAUCUAAUCGACUGGCCCCUACCCCAAAAUUUCGGGCCUUGUGCCUAGAGUAGAAAAGAUUAAUUUAACGUUAGCGUCUUAUGAAGCUAAAUUUAUAAGUUCUAAAAUUGCAGAAGAAUUCGUUGCUGGGCAGUUUGGUUUAAUGGUAAAACACUUGACGCGUAAUCACAGAAAUGUGAGUUCGAGUCUCAUGGCUGGC